AUGGAAAUUGCUCAUAUACUAAAUUCUAGAGACUUUACGCCGGAUUCCAAGAGAUGUACCUAUCUAAUAGAUAUUUCUCAAGAAAAAAAGUCGGAAAGAUUGUCACCUACAGAGACUUCUUUUCUUCCUGAUGCGACAAACCAACAUCAAACGACAUUGACUACAAAGGGCAAAGCGCACAAAAAACGACAAAUUUUUGCACCUUUGGCCACAAAUUCAGUUAAUUCAACCGACACAAGAUCAUGCGAAUCAAAGUCACUGAAGGAUCAACAAGCCAUAAACUCUCGAAAGCAUUCCUCGGCAAUCUCUAAAACUCGAAAAAUCAACGACUCCAUUUACAACAGAGACGAUAGGAUGCUUGAAUGGGUUUAUGCACAACGAAAAGAGUUUCCGAAUCGCCGAUUUUAUUUUGACGACAGCGUCAAGACAAAUAAAAGUCAGAUGAAGCAGGGUAUCAAAAUGCUUGGAGCUGAGUACGUUUCAUUCUACGAUGUUGAAAAAGUAACGCAUAUAGUCACCUCAAGAGAAGUGCCGAAGGAAGAUAACAAGGAAAAUAAACAGCGUGAAUCACAUGAAGACAUGACUCUUUGUUUACCCAAGGGAACAAGCGUGUCAACAACAAAAAUCGCGCAAAAAAGGUCACUCGAGUCAACCAAGGUCAACAUAAGUGCUGCACAACCAGGCACGCAGAGGAAGAAAUUGAAAACGCCUAGAGCCAAUGAAGGAGGAGGCGGAUUACGGGGAGGUUCCAAAGAGAACGUUAAUAUUUUAUCACAAAUUUUUCCCAAGCAAAACCAAAAUGGUACAUUGACAACCAAGGAGAUAAAAGCCGCGUCCAAAAGACCUUUUGAAUCAACACAGGUCAACAUAAGUGCAGGCCUGCAGAAAUUUAACGUUGACAAAAAAUUGCUAGAAUCCAUCAAUGCUAACGCAAUGACGGACAUCGAUCUUGCUGCUGCUCAAAGGAGUGGAAUCACGGUCUGGCACGUCGAUAAAUUUAUGAAAAUAAUUAGCAAAUUACUUGACACCUCAAUUAUUGAUCCACCAAACGUGGAUCAUUCGUUCUUACAAUCUACGUCAAACGACAAUAAAAGUCACGAAAAGAAUAAAAAUUUUUAUAUCUAUGUUGGCGAUAGCGAACUGAUUCAUCGACCAAUCAUCUCAAGACAAUAUCUUAGCGAAAAUCACCUCAUAAGGUUUCACUUCGACAUGCCUGAUGGCAUGUCACCAUUUCAGACGUUCGAAACAAAGAAAAUUAUACAAGCCAAGCUUUCCAAAAGUCUGAACAUGAGUAAUUCCGGUAAUCAUACCACUAAGGAUGCUCGGACAACGCAAAAGAGGACUCAAACGGGCAUUAUAGAAAGGUGCAACCGGGUACUCGCGCCACUCAAGGACGAACCCGGAUAUUGUGAAAAUUGCAGGAAGAAGUACGAAAGCCUUGUACAGCAUCGCCGGUCAAGAACUCACGUUAACUUCAUGUUAAAUCCAAAUUCAUUCAAGGAAUUAGACAUCAUUAUAAAAGAGUUAUAG